UUUCAUUUUACUUGAACAAGAUACAAACCCAAAAUUCAGUAAAACCCCAUUAAAUAAAUAUCCAAAAUUUCAUUGAAAAUACCAAUAAUAAAAAAUAAUAAUGGGAAGUACAAACACCCUCAUCCACAAUCUUAAUCUAAACACAAAUAGGUGCUUCAACUGUGUGAAUUCAAGAACAAAUCAUAUAACUUCUUUGCAAAUCAAUAGAAGAAAACCCCCUUUUAAUCUCUCAGUUAAAAAGCAAAGAAAGAUUAGUAAAGUUGUUUGCUUUGCUCUCGAAGAUGUAAAGGAUACGCAAAACAGGCUUGGAAUUAGUGGUUCAGGUCCAGCUGUUGAAGAUAGACCUGAAGUUACGGAUGGCAUCCAAGAUGAUGCAUUUGCAAACGGUGAUUCAGAAAAUGGAAGUGCUAUCUAUAACUUUCUGUAUCCGGAUAAAGAGCUUCUCCCUGAAGACAAAGAAAUGACCAUAUUUGAUCAUCUUGAAGAGCUACGAGAAAGAAUUUUUGUGUCAGUUUUGGCGGUUGGGGCUGCCAUUGUGGGUUGCUUUGUGUACUCAAAGGAUCUCAUAUUGAUUCUUGAAGCUCCGGUUAGAACCCAAGGUGUUCGGUUCCUGCAGUUAGCUCCUGGAGAGUUUUUCUUCACAACUAUAAAGGUAUCAGGGUAUUGUGGCCUUCUUUUAGGAAGCCCAGUGAUUCUCUAUGAGAUAAUAGCUUUUGUUCUACCUGGAUUAACAAGAUCAGAAAGGAAGUUCUUGGGACCAAUUGUCUUUGGAUCUUCGAUACUUUUCUACGCGGGGAUCAUCUUUUCAUACAUAGUUCUCACUCCAGCUGCCUUGAACUUCUUUGUUACAUAUGCAGAAGGGGUCGUUGAAUCAUUGUGGUCAAUUGACCAAUACUUUGAGUUCAUAUUGGUACUCAUGUUCAGCACAGGAUUGUCUUUUCAGGUACCGGUGAUACAACUUCUACUUGGUCAAGCUGGAUUAGUGUCUGGUGAUAAAAUGUUAUCAGUAUGGAGAUAUGUAGUAGUUGGGGCUGUGGUUGCAGCCGCUAUUGUGACUCCAUCAACAGAUCCCCUAACACAAAUGCUUCUUGCUGGACCCCUUUUGGGUCUUUACUUUGGUGGUGCAUGGACAGUUAAGCUCAUUGGUAAGUGACUCAGUGGUCGAGCCUAGACCAUUCCCUGCUGCAAUCCAAGAUGUAUACCUAUAGAAUGAGGAAAAAACGUCAUAUAGAUGUACAAUGAUUGUGUCCUUUUGUAGAAUGUAUUCAUUAUUUGUUACUGGUACAUAAAAUGGGUUCAAACCAUUGACCAUUUCUGUUA